UCCUCUGGGUCAGAGCCUUGACUUGAAAAAAUGGACGUCUUGCUCUUGAGCUCGCUGACUCCACUCAUUUCAAGAUUUCUCGUAACCGUAGUCCAACAUAUGUUUUCAAAUGGGUGGUAAUCAGGAUUACAACUGGUGAUUACACCAAAUUAGGAUCAUCUCUUGCUGGAUUCUUGGUCCGACGGCGAUUCAAUGGCGGGCUGCGCGAAGGAAGGUGGCUGUCCCAGCGACUACGUUGCCGUCGCCAUUUCUAUCCUGUCCUUGAUCUUUACUGGUUUUGGGCUGUGGGCUGCAACAAUGGAUUAGAGGUGCUAGUGCAAUUGAGACAGGAUUCAGAAAGAAUGCAGAAUGCGUCUAAUGAUGACUUGGAGGAGUACCGUUAUCGUUCAGCAGAGUGGUGGUGUAUUGCAGUGCAGCCAGCAACUGUAGUAGCUGGUGGAGGGGCUUCUUUCUCGAUCGAUCCUUCCCUUUGUUAUCCACAAAUUUUCUCGGACAAAAGGGAGCGGCUUCUGGAUUCCUGCGUUUCAAGUUUUUGCCAGCUUUAACCUUAUACUAUCAAUUGUGGUACAGUUAUGUCCGUCAAUUUACUGAAAUUCAAAAGGAGGCAUUGGUGGCAGUCUUGCUACAUUUGGGCAGUUUGGAUUGAAGGCCCAGUUGGAUUUGGUUUGCUGCUCAGCUGUCGUAUAGUACAGGCAUUGCAAUUGUACUUCAUAUUUGGCAAGAGGCGUUUACCACCAAUGAGGUCGCAUGUCUGUCUUCCAUUAUUUCUGUUGCCAUGGUUUGCUGGGGCAGCCCUUAUUCAUAUGAAGCAGCCUCUCAAUAAUCAUUGUCACAUGGGUGCUCAAUGGGUUAUCCCAGUAGUCUCCUUCCACACAUUGUAUGUUGCCACUCUUGUUGCAUUCACUGGAGCAAUUCGCCAUAUAGAGUUCAGAUUUAAUGAACUCCGAGAUCUUUGGAGAGGAAUAGUUGUCUCUUCGUCUUCUAUUGGAGUAUGGAUAGCUGCUUAUGCUUUGAACGAAAUCCAUGAGGAAAUUGCAUGGCUCCAAGUUGUCUCAAGAUUUCUGCUUUUAGUCACAUCGAGUAUUCUUGUCCUAGCUUUCUUUUCCAUUUCAAGUUCACAACCUCUUCUGUCUCAAAUUAGCAUACGAAGAAGAGAACCUUUGAAGUAUGAGACGAUGGGUCAGGCUCUUGGAAUACCGGACAGUGGUCUUCUAAUGCAAAGAGAGCCAAGUCAAGCUAUAGAUCCAAACGAACCGCUGGAUAAACUUCUUCAGAACAAAAGAUUUCGGCAGUCUUUCAUGGCAUUCGCAGAUAGUUGUUUGGCUGGGGAGAGCGUGCAUUUCUAUGACGAUGUCCAUGAGCUUGGUAAAAUUCCUGUAAAUGACUCCGUGCGGAGAAUCUACAUGGCCAGAGAUAUCAUCGAUAAAUAUAUAACUGCAGGUGCACCAAUGGAGGUUAACAUAUCUUACCGAUGCCGACAAGAUAUUUUGACGACUUCUAAUUUAGCACAUCCUGCUCUCUUCGACAAUGCGCUAAAUGAAUUACUGCAGCUCAUGAAAAUGAAUUUGGCAAAAGAUUACUGGUCUUCCACCUUCUUCUUGAAGUUCAAAGAGGAAGCGAGCAUGAGAUCGGAUGCUCACGAGAUUGAACCAAUGACCGGUUGGAACUUCUCCCCUAGACCGAGCGGCGUACGCGGUGCAGAUGACCCCUUCCAGCAGGAAUGUCUUACAAAGCACUCAGACCACAGUAGUGGGCCUACAGAUCCAAUAUGAGCCAUGGGGGAAAGAAAAUACAGGAGAUUGUCAAUGAAAGUAACUCUUCACUCACAAUCCAGCAAUUCAUAUCCAAUGCUGCCUCUGACACGGCUUUCAUCUAUACAGCAUGGAUACAACAAACAAUGCUAGAGCGACAGCAUACGACGGAAAGGGAAGCACAAGAUACAGCAAUUCUUCCACAAGAUUAUAUAGUACUACAAAGAGACUCGAGCACCUGACUAACGACUUCAGAUGUGUGUGGGAAUCGAACAUCCUAGCUAAUCUGACUCAGGUAGUACAUUAAUGAUUGGUUCAUACGUACGUCGAUCGAGGUGCUUGCAAGUGCACCUACUGCAAGUCGAGGCGGACAUAAACACGCACUUCUCAUGAGCUCUUGUUUGAAAUGCUCUGUAUCAUAUGUACAUCAAUGUUA